UUUUUUUUCUACCAUAGAUGAGCCAUAGAGGUUCUAAGUUCCUUCUUAAUUGAUAGUUCGUGCAUACUAUGUCAAGUCUUCUUAAAAUAUUUUUGGAGCCCUUAAACCUAAUGUGGAUGGUGAAUUGGGUGAUUCCAUGAACCAUUCAUGUGGGUGAGAGGGGAAACUUAGAACUCAAUGUGUUUCUUUUGACUAUUUUUUUCCUACCAUAGAUGAGCCAUAGAGGGUCUAAGUUCCUUCUUAAUUGAUAGUUCGUGCAUACUAUGUCAAGUCUUCUUAAAAUAUUUUUGGAGCCCUUAAACCUAAUGUGGAUGGUGAAUUGGGUGAUUCCACGAACCAUUCAUGUGGGUGAGAGGGGAAACCUAAAACUUAAUGUGUUUCUUUUGACUAUUUUUUUCCUACCAUAGAUGAGCCAUAGAGGUUCUAAGUUCCUUCUUAAUUGAUAGUUCGUGCAAACUGUGUCAAGUCUUCUUAAAACAUUUUUUGAGCCCUUAAACGUAAUGUGGAUGGUGAAUAGGGUGAUUCCACGAACCAUUCAUGUGGGUGAGAGGGGAAACCUAGAACUUAAUGUGUUUCUUUGACUAUUUUUUUCCUACCAUAGAUGAGCCAUAGAGGUUCUAAGGUCCUUUGAUAGUUCGUGCAUACUAUGUCAAGUCUUUCUUAAAACAGUUUUUGAGCCCUUAAACCUAAUAUGGAUGGUGUAUUGGGUGAUUCCACGUACCAUUCAUGUGGGUGAGAGGGGAAACUUAGAACUUAAUGUGUUUCUUAAAAAAAAAAUUGGCCAUUUUUUCCUUUUCAACUGUUGUCUAGUAUAGUUGAACAAUUGAGGUUUUGGGUUUUUCCUUAAUCAACAGAAUUGCGUGAUUCCACAAGCCUUUCCUUGUGGAAGGGGAAAUAUAAUGUAUUUAUAUGUGUCUUCUCUAUGGUUGGUUUAUGUACAAUUUUCUCAAAUUUAGGCUUUGGCCUGUAUUAACUUUUAUAAAACUAAUUCUUCUUAUUUUUAGCUCUUAUUUUAAGUUUGUAUUUUUCCAAAAUUGUUUUCAACUCAAUAUAUUUUACCUUCAUAAAAUGGCAUUGCGACAAUUUUCAAAACAUGAUUUCUUUUUUCAAUCCGGUAUGCUGACUAACUAUGCUUUCAGGUUCUCUCGACCUAGUUUUUGAUCAAUGAUGAAGUUUCCUGCUGGUGCCAAUGCCGUUCUUGUUAUGUGCAAUUCCUUGGUUGAUUUCACUUUGUGUCACUAUAUUUUAUCUAGCUUACUUCUGUUUGUUUAGAAACAUACCAAUCUUUUUAGUUGGCAGGAACUUUACUACCGUCUUUUCAAGAGUAUGUUGUUAUUUACUUGUUUGUUUUUAAUAAUAGAUGCUAUUUUGAUUUUUUUUUUUUUUUGGUGUGUGUAUGAGGUUGGUGGACAUAAAUGGGGGAGGUUGAAAUAAAGCUCCGGGACUAAGGUGCAUCCAAAGAUUGUAUGAUUCUCUCAGUCUCGUAGAUUUGGUAUCAUUUCUGCAUCCAAGCAUGAUGAUAAAGUUUGUAAGAGCAGCUUGCACAGGCAAAGGCAGCGGCAAAGUUGUCCUGCUAAUUAUAUACACACAUCUAUAACAGAGAGUGGGAGAUAGGGUUGUUUCAAGUUGUCUGGUCAGUAAGUCCCUAUCAUCUUAUUUGGCCAGUGUCGAAGCCAUCUUCGCACUGCACAUGUUGUUGCCUUUUCAUCCAAGGUGGCAGCAUGAAUGACAAUGUCAAUGCUUGGGCCUUCAUAUAAAGAAUAUUGAUGUUAGUCGGGGAUUUUCAAGUGCUGGAUUUUCAACUACCUGGGUUCACACAGAUGGUUAGAUACAAGAAUGUUCUUUGGGGGGAGUGGAGCUUCCGGGGGUUACCGAAUCCCUAAAGUGUCAAUAUUCUGAAAGGAUUCUUGAUUUUUCCGAAACUAAGGCGUGUUACUGUUCAUGUACUUCUGCGAACCGAGCAGUGCACAUUGCUGAGAAUCAGAACAACAAUGGGAGCUUGUGUGUCGACCCCAGGGGUCGCGUUCAAGCCACCGAAGAACAGGAAGGUGAAGAGGAGUCGAGGACACUCAAAAAAGCACGGGAGCAGGAAGAAGAACAGCGAAGCUGGAGCCCGUGUGACUGAUAUUGCCGUCAGCGAAUUCGUUCACACAACCACAACCUGCAGCAAAUCAGCCUCUAAUUCGACGUACCAAAUUACACAGCUCCAGUUUCACCAUAGCCAAAUCGACGCCAAAGGACUUUACCAGGAAGAUUCGUGGUUCGACACAGUCAGCAUGCUGGAGUCCGACUCCGACGAUGAUUUUGAUAGCGUCGAAGGAGAUUUCGUCGCUGCGUCGGAUGGCAACUUCCUAGAAUGCAGCGAAAAAAAUUUGAUCGAAGACGGAGCCAAGGAUCCCAACAAGUUUCGAACGGUAGAUUCCCAAAGGAACGAGCUUCCCGCAUUACUGAAAAACGACGAAUUGGUCAAGGUAGACAAGAACCUCGAGAAGGCAUAUUUUGGCGUCAAUGACAAGACCUCCGAGGAUUUAUUGAAGACAGUCUUACCACGAUUAGUUCCCUCCGUGAGUUUCAACGAGAGGAUCCACUCUACGACGACGACGACGACGCAACAGUCGCAAAAGGUGACGUCGACGGUUAUUCGACUCUCAAUCACGCGGAAAUCUGUCGAUGAAGAAAUCAAUGAUAUUCGUUUGUCGACAAAGUAUCUUUAUCGUCCCCGAGCUGGCCUACUGAUUCCGUGUUCGACUGAGGGGAAGCCGACGCCGGCAACUUGGUCACCGAUCGAGCCUGAAACUUUCAAGCUCCGCGGAGAAAGCUAUUUCAAAGAUAAGAGGAAGUGUCCUGCGUCGAACGUCUCUCCCUACAUUCCCAUCGGCGUCGAUUUAUUCGCGUGCCCGAGAAAAAUCAACCAUAUCGCACAACACCUUGAGCUCCCGCCGAUGAAAGCCGACGGGAAAAUCCCCGCGCUGCUAAUCGUAAACAUUCAGUUGCCUACGUAUGCGCCUCCGAUGUUUCAUGGGGAUGGAGACGGCGAGGGAUUGAGCCUCGUGCUCUAUUUCAAACGCAACGAGAAUUACGAGAGCGAGGUGUCGUUGCAUUUCCAAGAAUGCGUCGAGAAAUUGAUCAACGACGAAAUGGAGACCGUUAAAGGGUUCACGAAAGAAUCCGUCAUUCCAUUCCGGGAAAGGCUAAAAAUCAUGGUCGGGGUCGUUAACCCCGAAGACCUCGUCUCGACUGCGACGGAGAGGAAACUAGUCGUCGCGUACAACGAGAAGCCGGUUCUUUCGCGCCCUCAGCACAACUUUUACAAGGGAUCAAAUUACUUAGAGAUUGACCUCGACAUUCAUCGGUUUAGCUACAUUGCACGAAAAGGACUGGACGCAUUCCGGGAGCGCCUAGGCAACGGCAUUCUUGACCUCGGACUGACGAUUCAGGCGCAGAAGCCGGAGGAGCUGCCGGAGAACGUGCUGGGGUGUCUGAGGCUGAACAAGAUCGAUUUCGUUAACCAUGGUCAGAUCCCAAGAAUUGUGAGGCUCGAUCAGGACUAAGAGUAAAAAGAGGUUAAGUUGUAUAGAGAUAUGGAUAUUAUUGUUGUGUAAGAAUUCUUUCUCUCUUUUCUUAUCUUCUGUAUGUAGAGAUUUGUUUUUGUUUUUGUUUUUGUUUGUCUGAAAAAGAUGAGUGUUUUUUGAUAAUUGUUGAAGAAAGAAGAAGAUAAGUUUGGCCUCAAUGAAUCUUUAAGGCCAUUGUUAGUUGUGAAUUGUGGAGUUAUGUAAUGGUUACCGUUACAGUUACAGUUACAGACUUACAGUGACAGCUUCUACUUGUAGUAAAUAAAUUUUAAUCCUACCUUUUUGC